AUGCACCCCACGGUUCUCGCCCUCAACGACCAUCUCCUCGACAACGGGUACCUGUCGAGCGCGUUUCACAGCAUCAACAUUCCCCCGGGGCAGGCGGCGCAGAGGCUGCGUCACGACGACCAAUACGUGACGGUGCCGAGGCCACACCGUCCGUUUGGGGCGGUAUGCCAUCAUGGUGGCUCUGGAUGCGUACACGGAGGCGAAUGGGGGCACCGUCAUCGUGCCCGGAUCGCAUACUCGGGCGGCGACGGGAUGCCUGAGCGGGCCGAGGCCGUCUCCGUGGCCAUGCCCGCCGGGAGCAUGAUGUACUUUGUCGGGACGCUUGGGCAUGGCGGAGGCCGGAACGCCUCGGGUGCGGAGAGGCUGGCUCCGACGGCGCAGUAUUGCCAGCCGUGGAUGACACAGCUGGAGAAUCAGCAGCCGGCCGUCGACUGGGACAAGCUGGACGACAUCCCCCCGCGCCUCGUCGGCAUGAUGGGGUACAAGGUCGGCAUGCCUUUGAUAGGCUACGUCGAUGGGAGGAGCCCACGGACCAGAGUGGCCGAGCUGCUCGAUGAGUGGAAGGGGCAGAGUUAG